AUGCAGCUCCCCCUCAGCACCUUCCUCCUCCUCUCCGCCACCACCGCCCUCGCAACCCGCCUCUCCGUCGCCGUCGACGCCGAGUGGACGAUCGAGGGGCUGUCCCGAACCUGCGACGACGCCGACACCACCUGCCUGUGGACCUUCGGGAUCGACACGAACGAGGAGGGCGCCGAGGUGGUCGCGGCCAACUACACGGUGAACGCGUCGUCGGACGCGCCGGCGAGCCGCGCCAUCGGCGGGCCGGAGGCCUUCGGAAACUACACCGUCACCAGCACCUGGAGCGGCCAGUUUGGCGAGGGCGAAGGGUUCACGACGCUGAGCGUGAUUGAUUACGGAAAGGGGUUGAUCGUGUAUCCUGGUUACCGGGACGUGGAAAUCCCCAACGGAAAGGUCUACACUCCCGAUAAGAGCUACCCCGUUCAGCAAAUCCCUUAA